GGAGCCUGUGUGUGUUUCGAGGUGUCUAUUUCCUGGAGAGUGGAAUCGGAUUAACGUGCUUUUCCUUCUCGUUGGAUUCUUUUCACUCAGGAUUUGAUUCAGAGGCCAAACGAUCCAGGUUUGAUUCCCAGCUGCUGUCACGUGCUGCUCGUGUGUUUGACUGACAGGAGGCACAGUGACAGACCCCCACCUGUGUUUGACAGGACUGAUCCUGGAGCAGCUACUGGAUCUUUGAGAUUUGUCCCAUUUUCUCCAGCAGCUAGUAAAAUGUGGCUAGUUGCUGUUUCCGUGCCGCUGCUUCCUGCCAUCGUCCUGGCGUCCCGUCGGUACCACGUCCAACUGUCCUCGCUGUGUCUCAGAGCUCUGGGCUGGGUGCUGAGGCUGCUGCGGCGGGGGGGAGUGUGUGUCGGGAGCACACACUCCUUCGUCUUCUCUAACUGCACCCAUGGCAAAGUGGACAGUGUCCUGGAGACCUUUGACCUCUACGCUGAGACGCACCCCUCCUUAUCCAUUGGUCCAGUAAUAGGUGAAGCGUUGGAUGCUGUGGUCAAGCGGGUGCGUCCCUCUCGGGUGUUGGAGCUGGGGACUCACUGUGGCUACAGCUCAGUGCGCCUGCUGCGUCUGCUGCCCCCUGUUGGCAGACUGAUCACAGUGGAGAUGGACCCCCUCACAGCAGAGCUGGGGGAGGAAGUCAUUCUUGUGUCUGGAUUCAAACACCACCAGUUCCAGGUGUUGACGUCGAGCUCAGCCGAGGCCGUCCCAGCGUUACGCUCACAUCUGGAGCCUGAUGGGAGUGAAGGGUUCAACCUGGUGCUGAUGGACCACGAUCCUCUGCUGUACCUGGCCGACCUGCAGGCGCUGGAGAGAGAGGAGCUGCUGUGUCGCUCCGGCUGCUCCGUCCUCUUCAUCGACAGGAAGAGACGAGCAGGAGGUCUCAGAGGAAUCCUGGAUCACGUCAGAGCGAGAUCUGACUCCUCCUGCAGCGUCAGGACUGAGCUUCCAUCUUUACUGGAGGUCUUCUACCAGAAGGAACGUGCUGAGGGAGAAGCUGAGGGAAUCUGAAGACAAGGUGCUUGUCAACGAACAGUUUUAUAAAGUUAAAAGAACUGGAAGAUCAAGACAUGCUGAAUGGAUUACUUGAAAAUCUACUUUUAAUGCUGGAUAAUUAAAUUACAAAUAAGUUAAUAAUAUUGAAACGAGCGAUAUCUGUGUCAAAGAGUUUAUAAAUAAAACAGCCACACAGCUAAUUAGUCUCUUGUGCUUGAGGUUGACUUAUUUAUUAAAUCGAAUCAAUCAAAUAUCUUAUCUGAAAUAAAUGAAUAUGAUAUCAAUAUGAUAUUGAUCUUAAUGUUAAAUGUGCUAACUUCAGGGAUAUUUACAGCAGAAAAUAACAUAAUAAAUAUCAAACAAACAAGCGGACAGGGGGUGAAAACAUAACCUCCUUGUGGACAUAGAUACUGGAUGUAGAGCCCAGAGUGACCACUUGAUGGCGGCCUCUACUUUUUUUAAAGUAACAGAAACCUGCACAUUGAACUGGG